UUAUUACCUACAUGGACGUAGGUAUCCUAGGUAAAAUCCUAACCUUUAGAAUUUUGACUGUGACAGAAUGUCAAUAACGUGAUCAACAGAAAAGUUAUAUUUCAGUGUUAACUUUCCAAUAGAAAGAUAUAUAGUGUUUUUAUAAUGCCCGUCGACUGCCAAAGAUUUACCUCAGGUGGUAAGGGGAAUUUAGGGAUGUUUAUAGAAAGAAACCCUCAUGUUUGCGCAGCCGGGCUACCAACGGCUCAGCCAGAUUAUAAAAUGGCAGAUUAUAUGCAGCAUUACCUCUUAAAGGAAGAAGCUGAUGCUUUAAUUCAGGAUGCGAUACAUCCACCAAAACCUACGCGACCCCUUCCCCCUUUACGUAAUCCCAUCCCCACGGACAAGAGAAAUGCCGCGUUUUUCACCGAUGUCAAAGAAGUAAUGUUUUCGAAAACGGAGACAAAGUUUCAAACCCUCGCCGAGGAUUUAAAAUCCACCGUAUAUGCAUCCUACUGGAAACCACUCGGGCGAAGCAGGGAUCCUAAUCCUAUGCUGCCAGCAGGUCUCGAUAAAAACACAACUUUCGGAAAGAAAAAUGAUCAAUAUUUGUCGUUAUACGAUGUAGUCAUGCCCAAGGUUCCUUUACCAGACAAGACCCCACCUUUCAAACAAGCUGGUUUUCAAAAGAAGCGUAAUUAUUGUGAAACAUUCAACCCCGACGCGUUUUUUGGUCACAAGACAGGAACCAAUAAGACUGGAAUAUACGUAAAGAAAUGUCUAACUGAUGACAAUGUCGAAAAUGGUAUCACUGCUGCCGUAGUUACAAGUGGCUAUGCAAACUAUUUUAACGCUACCCGUCCACGGGUAGGAAAGGUAUUGGCCCCUUACGAUAAUAUAAAAGAACUACCAGAAGGCAGCAGCUUUGGUGCUCCAUCUGAAACCCCUAAACCCACCGUGGAAUCUUUUACUUCCUGUAAACUAUACCCGGAAAAAGAAUUCAUCAAGAAAUGCUUCGCUCAUCUUAAUUGUGUAAGAAAAGUCUUAGCCACGCAGUUCUUACCAGAGUUCUUUUCUAAAUUCUACUUACUCCUUAAACACUUGGAUACAGAAAAGUCUGGAUGGCUGUCUAAAGAUAUCGUUUAUGAAGAGUGCACUAAAAAGAGGAUUAAAUUCGAUUCUUUCAUAAUCGAAACUCUGCUAGCAUUGUGGAAAGCUUUCGACGGAUCCCGAAUAGAGUAUAAGACGUUUGUUCACGUGAUAAAUUAUAGAGAACCGUCGCCGGAGAUCCCAAAAAUACCUGACAUACCAGACAAUUGCCUAAACUACCAAACGACAUACAUGGAGUUGAGCGAGCCAAAAUGUCCUGAAGUAAGUCCAAUGGCGGGCACUCCAUCCGGACGAUAUUUCGACUGCGAUUACCCAAUAACACCUGACAAUUACUGCAAGGCGGAUAGAUCUACUCUUCCUCAAGAAUCUGACAUUAAGUCCUGCUUGAACCCAAGUGUCUUUACCAAGUUUAACGUCAGCCACCGUGACAUGUACGCUAAAAGAGAGCCUCAACUGGUUAGAAAAGUAUUUGAGAAGAGCGGGGAACGGUUUACAGAUGAUACUUUUGAGGAAAUUUGGAAAGAAGCUAUGAAGCAACAUUCUGAGGGAUGGGUGUGUUUUGAAACAUUCAGGCGCGCAUUGAUUAAGCAUCAAGAUAGAAAAUAGAUUCUCGUUAAGAACAA